UGCCCCCCCCCAGGCCCCCGGGCGGAGCCCCCCGAGUUGUCCGAAGAAGAGUCGGGGGUGAGGGGGGAGGAGGCCCGCGGAACCGGGCCGAGCGCCUCGGGCCGCUGCCACGUGGCCCCGGGACCCCCCGACCCCCGGCCCCAGGCCCAGGCCCCGAGCAGGAAAGAAAACCCGCUCCCCGCCGCCCCAUCCUCCUGCCUCUGGGGCUUCGGGGAGGCCCGGGGCAACCAGGCCGCCGGGAGGGGGGCGAUGAAGCUGAACGAGAGGAGCGUGGCUGGCUACGCCACGGGGCUCGCCCCGGCCGACCACGCCGGCUUCCUGCAGCAGCGCAGCGUCCCCGCCCCCGGUGCCCCCUCCCACCGCCGCUGGUUCGUCCUCAAGGGCAACCUGCUCUUCUACUUCGAGGAGCGGGCCAGCCGGGCGCCCCUGGGCCUCAUCGUGCUGGAGGGCUGCACGGUGGAGCUGUGCGAGGCCGACGACGACGACUUCGCCUUCGCCGUGCGCUUCGACCGCGUCCCCGGGGCCCGGCCCUACGUGCUGGCGGCCGACGGGCCGGCGGCCCUCGAGGCCUGGGUCAAGGCCCUGUCCCGGGCCAGCUUCGGCUACAUGCGGCUGCUGGUGCAGGAGCUGGAGAGGCAGCUGGAGGAGGCCCGGCUCGGGGGGCUACCCCGGACCCGCUCCGCCGGACGGGGGGCCGCCCUCCGCCGCUCCGCCCGGGUCUCCGCCCGCCGGGACGCGGCCCCCGGCGGGGAGGACGGUUCUGCCGGGCCCCCGAAGGGGGACCCGAACUCGGGAGGGCCGAUGGGCGAGCCCCCUCCUCUGCCUCCCCCCCGGCACCCGACGGGGAGGGGCUCCUUGCCCGCUCUGGGGGAGAGCCCCGUGUCCCCCGAGACGGCCUGCUUCGCCAGGCUGCACGACUGGUUCGGGCAGGAGAUCGCCGAACUGAGACGGGAGUGGAGGGCCCAGAGACGGGGGCAGUCCUGAGCGGGGCCGGGGGCACCCCGGCGGCCCGCCGGGUAGGACCUCCUCCCCUCCUCCCCCGUGGGUUUUACGGUUCGGGUCCCCCACCGCGGCCCGGGCGACCCGCCACCCCAAAGCGGCGGUCCCCAGCUGUCUUAGGGGAAGAGCACGGGCCUGGAAGUCAGGAGACCUGGGUUCCAAUCCUGGCUCCGCCGCUUGCCCGGAAGAAGGCCGCCCGAAGGGGUGCCGGCUCCCAAGACUACGAUCUCCAGGCCGACGGCGUCAGGCCCAGAGGACCUGGAAUCUCGUCGAGCACCUUCUCCUUUCAAGCACUCGAACCUGUGUCCCGGGGACAAAAUUUACAUUUGAAGGAGUUCUGCCUCCUCCACGGAGGACUCGAGGACUCAGACCGGGGCUCCCAGCUUGCGGACCCCAGGGAGUGGAGGAGAGCGGGGAGGGAGGAUCUGCCUGACGGGCCUUUCCUUCAGCUUUUUAUAUUUUUUAAUGGUGUUUGUUAAGCACUUACUAAGGUCCCGACACUGUACUAAACUCUGGGGU